AUGUCAACAUUUACAUUCAGUACAACAGAAAAGAACAAACCUUUAUUAAUUUGUAAAGGUUUUGCUUAUACUAUCGAUAAAACAACUAAUGAUAAAACUUAUUGGAAAUGUGAACAUGUUCGAAAAUUUAAAUGUAAAGGACGAAUUCACACUAACUGUACUCAUACAACAUUAUUACAUGAAGACGAUAAUCAUAAUCAUCCUGCACUUAAUUCAAACGAAGCUACACAAAAUGUUAUUGAUUAUUGUCUCAUGAAUUUAUCUGAUCAUGCUGUAGCUCGUCUUCCUGAUUUUAAACAUGUUAAACGAAAUAUUCAAAAUCAUCGAGUAAAAAAAGAUUUCCCAAAAAUCCCACAUGAUAAAACAUUUAAUCUAAUUCCGGACAAAUUAACAACAACAAAACGAAACAGUUUGUUUCUACAAUUUGAUUCUGGCCCAGGCAAUGAUCGUAUUAUUAUAUUUGCAUCAGCUGAACAACUUCAACUUCUUGAAAGUGACGAACAAUUAUUAGUCGAUGGAACCUUCAAGGUAACACCAUCGAUUUUUUAUCAAUUAUACGUUAUGCGCAUGGUUUAUCGAAAUGCUGUUUUACCUGUCGUAUUCGCAUUAUUACCAAACAAAACUCAAGAAACUUAUCGUCGUCUAAUUGAUAAAUUAUCAGAAAUUUGUCCAUUAUGGAGUCCAAAAUUUAUAAUGAUGGACUCCGAACUUGCAUCAAUAAAUGCAUUCGGUGAUAAAUUUGUAACAACAACAAAUUCAUCAAUAAUAUCCGGUUGUUUUUUUCAUCUACAAAAUAGUAUUCAACGUAAAUUACAAGACUUAGGCUUCAAAACGAAUUAUGAACAAGAUCCAGUAUUUUCUCAUCAUGUUAAUCAAAUUGCUGCUCUUGCAUUUCUUCAACCGAAUGAUGUUAGCCAAGGUUUUGAUGACCUGUACAAUUCAUUACCACAAAUGUUACAUCUAUUAUUAGACUAUUUUGAAGGCACAUAUGUUGGUAGAAAUCGCACACAAGGAAGAGCAAAACCAAUGUUUGAAAUCGAAUUACGGAACAUGCAUCAAAGGACAACUGAUCGUUUAAUGUGGACUAACAACUCAGCUGAGGCUUGGCAUCGCCGCUUAAGUUCUAUUAUGCAAUGUCAACAUCCUACACUUUGGUCCUUCAUUAAUAAUUUAAAAAACGAAGAUCAUUAUAUUCACUGUCAAUUGAUCAAGCUGAAUUGUGGUGAAAAAGUCGAACCAAAUAAAAAAUGUUUAAAUUAUAGUGCACGGCUACGUCAUUUAAUUAUGCAUCCCCUACCAUGUAUUCUACAACAAUUAAAAGGACUUGCUCAUAAUUUAUGA